GUUGAGUUGUGGACAGUGUGUUGACUCAGGCUGGGUAAGACUGUGUUGUGACUCUGAUGUACUGCGUGGACUGCACUCCCUGCCUCUGGAGCCCCCAUGUGGCUUUAGGCUGCUGCUCUGCUGAUCUCGGUUGUGGCUGCCGUUCGUCCGUGCUGUCCUGUCCCCACGGAAACCUACCCAGCAGGCAGAUGGUCUGAGCAGUCAAGGGAAAAGUUUAUAACAGCAGCUCGUUGGUAAAAGACACGAUCACAGAGAACCAGUCAGUCUGAGUUUCUCUCUCUUUCUCCAGUCUCCUCUGAGGCAGCUGACCAUCUCUAUGGAAGUGGCAACAGCAACAGGAGCGCUCUGGCUGAAGGGGUCGAGACUCUCUCCUUCUUUCUCGGAUCUUUCUUCCUGAGUAACUGGACUAACUGGGGAUUAGGAUCUUGUUUUUUUGUCGAUUGGAAACUUCACACGUCACAACCUGGAUAUUACUUUAGAGGCUGAUUUCUAGAGUAAAGGCGAUCUUCUUGCCUGACCACCACCAUGGAAGAGCAGGCGGUGUCCAACAGUAGUCCCCAGCAUGGCCGAGGCCUGGGCAGGCAGAACGUCAUCAGGUGUGGCUGGCUGAGGAAGCAGGGAGGCUUUGUGAAGACUUGGCACACACGCUGGUUUGUACUUCGAGGGGAACAGCUAUACUAUUACAAAGACGAGGAGGAGACUAAAGCCCUGGGGACAAUUCUGUUACCUGGAAACAGAGUCACUGAGCAUCCCAGCAAUGGUGACGAGGGGGGGAAAUUCCUGUUUCAGGUCUCUGCAGGAGGAGACAGGGAGCGGAUGACAGCGAAUCAUGAGACAUACCUUCUUAUGGCCAGCACCCAGAAUGACAUGGAGGAUUGGGUGAAGACCAUACGCAGGGUCAUAUGGGCCCCAUUUGGUGGAGGUAUCUUUGGUCAGAAGCUGGAGGAAACGGUGCGGUACGAGAGGCGUUAUGGGAGCAGGCAGGCCCCCAUGCUGGUGGAGCAGUGUGUGGGCUUUAUACGCAAGUGGGGCCUGCGGGAGGAAGGACUGUUCAGGCUACCAGGGCAGGCCAACCUGGUCAAAGAGCUGCAGGAUGCCUUUGACUGCGGAGAGAAGCCCUCCUUCGACUGUAACACAGAUGUUCAUACAGUAGCCUCUCUACUAAAGCUGUAUCUCAGAGAGCUACCAGAACCAGUCAUCCCCUUCUCGAAGUUUGAUGAGUUCCUCUCCUGCACCAAACUGCUCAGCAAGGACGAGGAAUCUGGAAUGAAGGAACUGAAAAGACAAGUGGAAUGUCUACCUCCAGUCAACUACAAUCUGCUGCAGUACAUAUGCAGAUUUUUAGAUGAAGUCCAGUCCUAUUCAGGUGUGAAUAAAAUGAGUGUCCAGAACCUGGCCACGGUCUUUGGUCCAAAUAUACUACGGCCAAAGAUCGAAGACCCUGUAGCAAUCAUGGAAGGUACAGUGCUAGUGCAGCAGCUGAUGUCUGUUCUGAUUGGUCGUCACGACGUGUUGUUCCCUAGAGACGAGGAGAGUCCCAAGACACUGGAGCUGGUCAACAACAACAAUGAGGUCCAGAAGAGGCUGACCCAGAUUGUGCCGACGGUACAGACUACAGAACAGAACAACAAUACCCAAAUACCCCAGCAGAGGGUGAAACAGUGUUCUUGGGAGACCCCCGAGUCGCCUCACCGCCAGCCCCCGGUAACGUUAGACAACAACGGCUCCGGUUCUCCUCGCUCAGCCAGCCCACUUAACGGCCAUGUUACCGGGCGCUUUGACCUGGCCCGCAGCCCGCCGUUAACAGUGAAGAAGAACCCGGCGGUCUCCAAGGGCAGCGGCGUGGUCACCAACGGCUCAUUUAGUUGUUCCCCCUCUGGAGACGCAGCCAACCAGGAGAAGAGCCAGACUCUGCCCGGUAACACAGGAGGCAUCAGCGGCCUCCAGGCCCGGCGCACCCUGAAGGGCUCGGGCACCAAGAUGGGCACCAGCGGGGUCCCUAACGGAGGUGUCCGCAUGGGCGUGUCAAGUACCGAUGUGGUGAAUGGUACCCUGAACGGGCGUAAUGGUCUGUGGGUGCCCAAUGGCUACCCGGUCACCUUACGAGACAGCAAGUCUCGGGACUGUGGGGAACAGACGGCAGCCCAGAACCGGCUGUCCACCUAUGACAACGUCCAGCAACAACAACAACAACAACAGUUACAAAAUCAACAACAGCCGUGUCUCAGCUCUAGCUGUGAGGACAAGCAGAGUGUGGACAGUGCAACCUGGUCCACCUCCUCCUGUGAGAUCUCUCUUCCAGACAACUCCACGUCCUGCCGUUCCUCCACCACCACCUGCCCAGAACAGGACUUCUACGGUGGGCUGGGCCACUACCAGGACCCCCUGCUGUUGCUGGAUGGACCUAGGGGGCUGUCCUCCCUCGGCGAGCAGCCCCAGCCAGGGGGGGACGUGGAGGGGGAGCGGAGGAACGGUGGUGGAGGUAGUGGAGGGAGGGGUAGUGGAGCCACCAGCAGCAGUGAUAACAGUGAGACGUUCCCUGUCAAUAAAGGACCCAGUAGUCACAGUGCUCUACACAGCCUGGUGGCCAGCCUGAAACACGAGAUGCAGAAGCAGAAGACAGAGUACGAGGCCAGGAUAACAAGCCUGGAGCACAGUAACCUGGAGUUGGAGACUGAGAUGGGGACUCUUCACGAGGAGCUGAACCAGGAGAAGAAGAAGGUCACCAUGGUGGAGAUCAAGUUUCGUAACGCAGAGCGAGCCAAGGAUGACGCAGAGAAGAGGAACGAGAUGCUGCAGAAAGAGAUGGAACAGUUCUUUUCUACCUUCGGAGAUCUGACCGACGACCCGCGCCGGCCCGACCGGGCCAAUACCAUCUGGAUCCAGUGAGGGGUUGUGGCAGUGCAGGGUGGACUGUGCCAUUUUAAUCGAAUGAGAGGGGGUGGAACUUGACAAUGACUUGGACACAUAUUGAAAGGGACAUUACCGUCUGGAUCUAGUGAGGGGGGUGUGUACCACCUGGGUGGUGAGAGAAAGUGGGAGAAUGUACUAAAGAGACACUUUGACAGACUGCACCACCUGAAUCUAGUGCGAGGGGGUGUCACAGUACACAGUGGAAUGUGCCAUUUUAAUCUAGUGCGAGGGGGUGUGGCAGUGCAGAAUGGACUGUGCCAUUUUAAUCUAGUGAGAGGGGGUGUGGCAGUGCAGGGUGGACUGUGCCAUUUUAAUCUAGUGAGAGAGGGUGUGGAGGUGCAGAGUGGACUGUGCCAUUUUAUUCUAGUGAGAGGCAAUGGAAGUAUGUACUAAGGCGGGGUUUCCCAAACUUGGUCCUUUGGACCCAUGUGGCACAGAUUUUGUUUUUUGCCCUAGCACUACACAGCUGAUUGAAAUAAUCAACUCGUAAUCAACCUUUGAUGGCAAAAACCAAAAGGUGCACGUGUGGUCCCCAGGACUGAGUUUGGGUAACCCUGUACUAAGGAGUAGGACAAAACAUUGAGAGGGACAGUACCGUCUGAAAGCCAGAGACAUAUGGAUACAGUGUGUAGUGGGACAGGGUGCAUGGCACUGGACCUCAACCAUGCUGACUGACUGUGGCAAUAUUACUGAAGACGUCAGGCGGCUGGUUAUCUGCCUGACACAGACUAUACCCAGCCUAUACAUGGACUACUGAAAGACUACACUACCCAUAAAACCAUUCUUCUUCCCCAUUUUCCUUCAAGAUCCAAUCAAGUAUAUAAUCAACCCUGUUCCAUGUUAUCAUGUAUCUGGCUGUGUAGAUAGAGGACCAUGUUAUCAUGUAUCUGGCUGUGUAGAUAGAGGACCAUGUUAUCAUGUAUCUGGCUGUGUAGAUAGAGGACCAUGUUAUCAUGUAUCUGCUUGUGUAUAUAGAGAAAAAACUAUGCUGAAGAAGAGUUAUGUAUGUGUAAAAAAAAAAAAGAUGUUACAAAAAUAUUUGUAUGUUUGUCUGGUAUAUUUAAACAACAUAACUACGUAUCCAUGUGUGACAUUUCCAUUUGAUAUCAAUGCUUUUUGUUUUAUUUUCAACAGGGUGGUACUGAAUUACUUUAUGUACGCAGAUUUAGUUUCUUGUGUCUCAAAUCAAGUUAAUAUAACUUGUGGCUUUUUUUUUGUUGCCACGGAGCCAUUUCAUUCAUCCCAAAGAAGAAGAGACGGAACGUGUACAUGUUAAUAUAGACACUUUGCUUUGUUUUGUCUGUACUGUAGCUUUAAGACAUUUUCCCGAUAGGAAUGGUCUGGCUUGAAAAUGAAUCAUAUUUUGUAGAUUCUAUUAAAACCUAAAUACAAGUCUGGUUAGUAAUGGUUUCAACAUUGAAUGUUCAUCUAUAGUUGAUAUUUAUCCUCAACGGAAACUGUACACACAUUGGUAAUAAGACACAUCACUUGUUUCAGGAUGUUUGGUCCAAGACUGAAAAAUAAACAUUGUAGCUGUGCUGAUUGUGGGUAUUAAUGGGCUCUGUAGAUCAGAGGUUGCUCUACCUACAGUAGUUCUUGGGGAGUAUCACAAUGUCAAGAGUCUUGUAGAAAUAAAGUUUCUCCGUGCUGGUUUCUCAAGCACUCCUGGGGCGUGGGUAGACUGUAUAAUAUGGCCACAUAUAUAACAGAGACUAUAACUGUUUAUAGUGGCAUAGAUUCAGUCUGCAGCAAACCUCGACCCUGUGGAGUAGAGACCUGGACCCUGUGGAGUAGAGACCUGAACCCUGUGGAGUAGAGACCUGGACCCUGUGGAGUAGAGACCUGGACCCUGUGGAGUAGAGACCUGGACCCUGUGGAGUAGAGACCUGGACCUUGUGGAUUAGAGACCUGGACCCUGUGGAGUAGAGACCUGGACCCUGUGGAGUAGAGACCUGGACCUUGUGGAGUAGAGACCUGGACCCUGUGGAGUAGAGACCUGGACCUUGUGGAUUAGAGACCUGGACCUUGUGGAUUAGAGACCUGGACCUUGUGGAGUAGGCACCUGGACCUUGUGGAGUAGAGACCUGAACCCUGUGGAGUAGAGACCUGGACCCUGUGGAGUAGAGACCUGGACCCUGUAGAGUAGAGACCUGGACCUUGUGGAUUAGAGACCUGGACCUUGUGGAGUAGGCAGCUGGACCUUGUGGAGUAGAGACCUGAACCCUGUGGAGUAGAGACCUGGACCCUGUGGAGUAGACACCUGGACCCUGUGGAGUAGAGACCUGGACCCUGUGGAGUAGACACCUGAACCUUGUGGAGUAGAGACCUGGACCCUGUGGAGUAGAGACCUGGACCCUGUGGAGUAGAGACCUGGACCCUGUGGAGUAGACACCUGAACCUUGUGGAGUAGAGACCUGGACCCUGUGGAGUAGAGACCUGGACCCUGUGGAGUAGAGACCUGGACCCUGUGGAGUAGACACCUGAACCUUGUGGAGUAGAGACCUGAACCCUGUGGAGUAGAGACCUGGACCCUGUGGAGUAGAGACCUCAUGGUGGGCCUGGACUUUGUGGAGUAGAGACCUCAUGGUGGGCCUGGACCCUGUGGAGUAGAGACCUCAUGGUGGGCCUGGACCCUGUGGAGUAGAGACCUCAUGGUGGGCCUGGACCAUGUGGAGUAGAGACCUCAUGGUGGAUCUGGACCCUGUGGAGUAGAGACCUCAUGGUGGGCCUGGACCCUGUGGAGUAGAGACCUGGACCCUGUGGAGUAGAGACCUCAUGGUGGGCCUGGACCCUGUGGAGUAGAGACCUCAUGGUGGGCCUGGACCCUGUGGAGUAGAGACCUCAUGGUGGGCCUGGACCUUGUGGAGUAGAGACCUGGACCUUGUGGAAUAGAGACCUCAUGGUGGGCCUGAACCCUGUGGAGUAGAGACCUCAUGGUGGGCCUGGACCCUGUGGAGUAGAGACCUCAUGGUGGGCCUGGACCCUGUGGAGUAGAGACAUCAUGGUUGGCCUGGACCUUGUGGGGUAGAGACCUCAUGGUGGGCCUGGACCCUGUGGAGUAGAGACCUCAUGGUGGGCCUGGACCCUGUGGAGUAGAGACCUCAUGGUGGACCUGGACCCUGUGGAGUAGAGACCUCAUGGUGGGCUUGGACCCUGUGGAGUAGAGACCUCAUGGUGGCCCUGGACCCUGUGGAGUAGAGACCUCAUGGUGGAUCUGGACCCUGUGGAGUAGAGACCUCAUGGUGGGCCUGGACCUUGUGGAGUAGAGACCUCAUGGUGGGCCUGGACCCUGUGGAGUAGAGACCUCAUGGUGGGCCUGGACCCUGUGGAGUAGAGACCUCAUGGUGGAUCUGGACCCUGUGGAGUAGAGACCUCAUGGUUGGUCUGGACCUUGUGGAGUAGAGACCUCAUGGUGGGCCUGGACCCUGUGGAGUGGACCUGGACCCUGCACCAUAUAGAUGGAUACUGGCCUGUUGUAAGAGUGUGUUGUGUGUGUAUAUAUACUAGCAUUACUGAGAACCAAUGGGGUGUGGCUCGAACAUUGUGGGGACUUUGGGAAAGUUUACUUUUUUCUGAAGCAGCUUCAAAAAUAAAAAUAAACUAUUUAGAUUGCUACGCUAUACAGCUGUGUAUGGGACCUGUGGGGAAUGUAAUGGAUACUUGUGUCUCUGUCAUACAACACUCACAGUUAGAAGGACCUGGUGCUGCCUGCCUGCUGUUGUCUGUCAGAGAGGAAGAGGUGAACCAAAGAGGGAUAACUGGGACCGAAAUCUGUCUUCUCCACCAGGUGGCGCUUUUUUUGUUUUUUUUUCAAAUCAAGGGGCUUUAUUGACAUGGGAAACAUAUGUUAACAUUGCCAAAGCAAG